AUGACAUUACCUACUUCAGAGAUAGGAGACGCGCCCGUCGUUCCCAUCCUUUUCCUCGGAGAUCCAGGUAUCGGGAAGUCGACCUUACUUUCGUAGGUGCAUCGAGGCACAGAAGAAGAGACAUCGGUCCUUUCAAAUCUCCCAAUACAGAAACUGAUAUUCGAAGCCGUCUCGCGGUCGGACAUGCAUACACCAAACCGCUCCCUUCUCUCCACGACCUCGAUGAACCCCAUGUCUUCAACAUCAGGCUCUACGAUCGUCCAUAUCGAUUCGAGCUCUACGAUACAGCGUCUCCGACUAAUUACACCCUCCUUCGUCCUUCUGUAAUUGUGAUGUGCUAUAGCAUCGCAGAUCCUGCAUCCCUUUACAACCUCAAGACGCGAUGGAACUACGAAGUAGAAGAGCACUUCAACCAUGAUGAGAGUAUCCCGGUGAUCGUCCUUGGCCUGCAAAGAGAUGUACGAAAUAAGGAGGAUUAUGAUGGUCGUGUGCGGCGUUCCGAGCCAAUUCUGGAAGGCGAGAAAGAGAUGGACAGUGCGCCGCUGAAUGCCAGGACGUUUGUGUAUCCGCAGGAAGGUCUGCGAGUUGCACAAGAGCUGAGGAGCGACCGCUAUUGCGAGUGCUCCGCACUGACUGGCGAGCUCUGCAGAGAGGUCAUCGAGGAUAUUUCGAGGACGGCGGCCAAGACCACGACGGAGAAAGGCGGACGAAGCGACGGGACUCACUGUGUGAUGAUGUGA